AUGUUUAAACGAUCAUUGAGAAUUUUGUCGAGGAAUGUGCGUUCUCAAAGCACUUUUCAGGGCUCAAAAGCGUCAGUUUCUGCUAAAUUGGGAUACAGGAUUCCAAUUGCGGGAUUAGUUUUGGGUGCAGCAAUAGGAGGUUCACUGGCACUUUGUGACUACUGGUCCAUCAAUAAUGACCAGUUUUCCUCUACCACUUCCCUCGAGGAAUUGCAACCGCCUCAGUAUUGUCAGGACGAAUCGGAGUUUAAUAGCGCUGUCGAAAAACUAAAGGCUGUCUUGAACAACGAUUCUGAAUCCUUUUCUGAUGCCAAAGAAACUUUGGAUUCGCAUUCCGAUACGUAUUUCAACAGUCACCAUCCCACGCCUGAACAAAGACCAGGCAUUGUACUAUUCCCUCACACCACCAAGGACGUUUCUGAAAUCAUGAAAAUAUGCCAUGAGCAUGCCAUUCCGGUGGUUCCAUUUUCAGGCGGGACCUCCUUAGAGGGCCAUUUCGUCUCGACUAGAUGCAAAUUCACAGUGGUCUUGGACUUGUCAAUGUACAUGAACAAAAUCAUAAAAUUGAACGAUUUGGACCUGGACGUAGAAGUACAGGCUGGCGUUCCUUGGGAAGAUCUCAACGAUUUCUUGGGGGAGAAGAAUCUUUUGUUUGGAUGCGACCCUGGUCCAGGUGCACAAAUUGGUGGUUGUAUUGCUAAUUCGUGCUCGGGCACUAAGGCUUACCGAUACGGAACCAUGAAGGAAAAUGUUGUCAACAUCACUGCCGUGCUAGCGGACGGUACUAUUAUCAAGACCAAAAAGAGACCUCGUAAGUCAUCCGCCGGUUACAAUUUGAACGGUUUGUUGAUCGGAUCGGAAGGUACUCUGGCUGUGGUAACAGAGGCCACAAUUAAGUGCCAUGUCAAGCCCGUCAAGGAGACUGUUGCCGUGGGGUCUUUCCCAACAGUGGAAGCUGCUGCCGCAUGUACUUCUAGGCUGAUACAAGAAGGUAUUCAGCUCAAUGCAAUGGAAUUGUUGGACGACAAUAUGAUGAGAGUUAUUAACAGGGGCGGUGCUACCUACAAGACAGACUGGAUUGAAAAGCCAACACUAUUUUUCAAAAUCGGAGGGCGUAACGACAAUAUCAUCUCUGAAGUGGUAAGCGAAGUGAACCGUGUGGCCAAUAUGCACGGUUGUCACAAAUUCGAAUAUGCGACUAACGCUGAUGAGAAGAUGGAGCUUUGGGAAGCCCGCAAAGCUGCACUAUGGUCUGUCAUCAAUGAAGGUAAGACGAAAGACGAAAGCAUCAAUGUUUGGACCACCGAUGUCGCUGUGCCGCUAUCCCGCUUUUCCGGUGUCAUAGAGGCCACAAAGGAAGAGAUGGACUCCAGCGGACUGAAAAAUGCUAUUGUUGGCCAUGCAGGCGACGGAAACUUCCAUGCUUUCAUACUAUACAAUAAUCAAGAGCGGAGCAAAGCAACAGAACUUGUGGACAAUAUGGUGAAGCGAGCAAUUGCCGCAGAAGGUACGUGCACGGGAGAACACGGAGUGGGAAUUGGUAAAAGAACAUUUUUACUGGAGGAGUUGGGAGAUGGUCCUGUUAAUCUCAUGAGGUCUUUGAAGCUUGCAAUGGAUCCCAAGAGAAUCUUGAAUCCUGAUAAGAUCUUCAAGAUCGAUCCUAACGAUCAUGAAGAAUGA